GACUCUCUUUCCCUGUUGAAUUUAUAAAACCUUAAUUUUUUUUGAGAUUUGGUAUAUAUUCUCAGAUCAUCCCUUGUUCACCCUCUCCGUUUCGGGGGCUUCUAUGGUGUAGAGUUCAUCUCCAGAUUUGGUUUCGCCUUCGCCGUAGUUAUGGAGAGGGAAGGAGGAUCCGACGGUUCCUGUUACUAUUCCGUUCUCGGGAUUCGUAGGGACGCCUCCUUCUCUGAAAUCCGCAGCGCCUACCGAAAACUCGCUCUGAAAUGGCAUCCGGACAGGUGGACGAAAAAUCCAACGGUCGCCGGAGAAGCCAAACGGCGUUUUCAGCAAAUACAGGAGGCGUAUUCCGUAUUGUCUGAUAAAGGAAAAAGGUCAAUGUACGACGCCGGACUGUAUGAUCCGUUCGAAGAGGAGGACGAGGGAUUUUCUGAUUUUAUGCAAGAGAUGUUAUCCAUGAUGGACAAUGUGAGGGCCGAGGAAGACAGUUUCGAGGACCUUCAGAAGAUGUUCAUGGAGAUGGCCGGAGGAGAUGGCGUGAAAUUGGAAGGGGAAGUGGAUUGGAAGGGUGGAAAGAGAACGCGUGUCACAGCCUCAAAAGCAAACGCCGGCGGGAAGCGGAGCACAUCCCGUGUAAGCGUGUCGGUAUCGGUAUCGGACUGGGACCUUACAUGAUUCAUGUCCUGUUAUUGUCCUCAGACCUCUAUUGUACUCCCCUCCAUCUCUCUCAUUACUCAAACCAAAGGUUGAAGUCAAUCAGCGAAAGGUAGUUUCUUUUUUAAUCUCUUUUAUAGUGUUAAGUCUUAACAUCUCUAAUAGCGGGAGAUGGGUUGGGGAAUUUGGAUUCUGGGUGUUUUUAUCUAGUGAUUGAAUGGAAGACCUCAUCUCUUUUUAAUCUUACUAGGUAUAAAUUUAUUUUGGGAAUCUGGACAUUUGUCAAUUUCUUACUUUGGUGGUGGACAUUUGUCAUGACUCAUGACUGUUUCUAUGGUAUUUAUCUUUCCCGCUC